AUGGAGUGGACGCGCGAGCAGACACUGUAUCUGCUAAACCUAAUAUGCUACCACAAGCCGCUUGGUGAGGAGCGGGAGGCGAGCUACGCGACGAUCAUCAAGCGGUUGGGCGAGAAGUUUCCCCAAUUCAGCGUCACCAAGAGCGAUGUGACGCGGCAGCUGAACAAGUACUAUAAUUUGAAAGGACUAGAGAAAUUGGACGAGGACCAGACCGACGAGGAGGCGGGCGAGGAAGAAGAGCGUGAAGACUCGUUGGCGUCGCGCACAAGACGGAAAUCCAAGGACGAGUCGAAGGCGAAGGAGGUGCAAGUAAAGAGCGAGGAGCCAGAGAGCGGCAAGGAGACGCCUGAGACGCCGGUUACUCGCCGGCGCACGCGACGCAACAAGGCAGAGACGCCGGCAGAGCCUGAGCAGGAGGCCGAGGCGAAGGAAGGCGUGAGAACGCGGCGUCGUGUGGCGCUGGAGCCGGCAGAGGCGAGCGACGACGAAAAGGAGAAGCAGGAGGAGGCUGAGCCCGAGAAGACGCCCAAAAGACGGGCCUCGCGCAAGCCGCGGACAGACGAGGAGAGCGAGAGCGAGGAGAAGGAGAAGGCGACGCGGAGCGGGCGUAAAAAGCGGGUGAAGCUGAAGGAGGAGACGACCGGAACCGAGGACGCGACAGGGGCACAGAGCAGCAGCGACGAGGAGGAGAAAAAGGGCGCGCAGACGCGUCGCAAGGGCGCGCGGGAGGAGAAGAAGCUGCGGACGCGCACGACGAGACGGAACCUAAAGAAGGAGAUCGAGCAGGAGGCAGAUAACGACGCCGAGGCGGACGAGAAGGCGGAGGAAAACGCAGAGCCCAAGGCACAGGACGACGUGGACGACGAGGAGAGCGGCGAGGACGAGGAAGUGGACGAAGAGGACGACGAGAAGGUGCCUGCGAAACGGGCUGUGCACGCGACGCCGGCGCCGCGCAAGCAGCGCAAGACGCCGGUUUCGAAGAGCGUGCCGCGCAACUUCAAGCCCAAGGACACGCCCGUCAAGGCGACGCCGGGCGGGCGGGGCAGAGCUCGUGCGGGCGCGUCGUCGGUCCCGUCGACGCCGUCGGUGAGACGAUCGGCGCGCAAAAAAUAA